AUGGCGGAUGGUGGCGGGGCUCCAGCUUCUACCUCUGAGAAAGCCUGGCUUGAGGCUGCCCAGGCCUUCAUACAAGAGACUCUGUGUCCGCCUGGCAAGGAGCCUGAUGUCCAGUUGACUCAGUUGGUGAUUGAUUGUGUGAAGACAGUUUGGUUGUCCGAGGGAAGGAACCAGGGUCUUCCUUUGCCCCUCAGCUAUAGCUUUGUCUCAGUGCAGGACCUCAGGGCCCACCAGUGCCUCCCGUGCUGCAGCCAUCUGUCCUGGAGCAGUAGUGCAUACCAAGCUUGGGCACAAAAGGCCGGACCAGAUGGGGUCGCUCUACCCCGGGAGCGACUAUUACUUUUAGGGACACUAACAGAUCUAUCGGGGGACUUGGAACAAGAGCACAAGGAUGGAAGCCUGUAUGUGAGAGAUAACACCGGUAUUCUGGGCUGUGAGCUCAUAGAUCUGGACCUUUCUUGGUUGGGCCACCUAUUCCUUUUCCGCAGUUGGAGUUACCUCCCUCCUGCUAGGUGGGAUUCCUCGGGGGAAGGGCAUUUGGAACUCUGGGGUGCCCCCGUGCCAGUGUUCCCCUUGACCAUCAGUCCUGGCCCUGCUUCACCUACUCCUGUCCUCUACCCAGAGACUGCUUCCCGCCUGCUCAGGCACAGAAGCAGGCUCAGAGACGUGCAGCCAAACCUGGCUGGGGAGCUGGUUCGAUUGAGUGCUCUGGUGAGCAGCCACAGGAAGACGUAUUUUGUGUUGUGUCUUGGCGAUUCAUCCCCAGCUGUCAGCCAUGUGUCCAUUGUUGUACAGGUCCCGGCCCAGCUGGUGUGGCACCGUGUUCUUCAGCCAGGUAGGGCCUAUGUGCUGACAGAGCUGCGAAUAUCCAAGAUCCGUGAUCAUCGUUACCGUGUUUGGACGACCAGUCCCUCCUCCCGUCUGUUGCCACUGAAACCAGAAUGUGUGCAGGAGCUGAAACUGGAGAUGGAAGGACUAGUUUUGGAGACUGACCUCAAGCCACUCCCUAUGCCCAGCAACUCUCAAGACAGGAUGGGGGAGAAAAGUGUUGUCCAGAACUCCAAACUUCUCACAUAUACAGGAGUGGUCACUAGCGUACUGAAUGAGCCUGCUGGCCUCUUUGAGCUGGAUGGGCAGCUAGGGCUCUGUCUUGCCUACCAGCAGUUCCAAGGCUUCCGGCGGGUGGUGCGGCCAGGAGUCAGUCUGGAGCUCCAGGAUGUUCACCUUCUCCAGUCAGUGGGUGGAGGAACAACAAGGCCAGUGCUAGCCUCCUGUCUUGGUGGUGCCGUCCUAGUUCGGGGCUUCUCACCUCGGAAGACUGAGAGUCAGUCAUCCCACCAAGUCCAUGGGGCCUCUCUGUAUGAACAGCUGGUAUGGGAAUAUCAGUUAAGACUUCCUGUCUACCUGUGGGCUACCAAGGCCCUGGAAGAGCUGGCCUGCAAGCUGUGUCCCCAUGUGCUAAGGCAUCACCAGUUCCUGCAGCGCUCCUCUCCUGGAAACCCCAGCCUAGGGAUGCAACUUCUGGCUCCUACCCUGGAUACUCUAGCUCCGCCAGGUGGCCCCAUUCGGAAUGCAAACAAGGAGAUCCUGGAAGAGCCUCAUCGCUGUCCCCUCCAGAAAUAUAUUCGACUGCAGACUCCCUGCUCUUUCCCUGCUCUGGCCAUCCUGAAAAAGGAAGGGAAGUCCAGGGCCUGGGCCUCCUUUGACCCUAAGGCCCUUCUCCCCCUCCCAGAGGUUUCUCACCUACCCAGUUGCCGGCUCAAUCAGCAUCUGGCCUGGUCCUGGCUCAGCCUGCUGCCCUCUGCCUUCCACCCAACCCAGGUUGUAGUCGGGGUUCUAGUACCGUCAUCUCAUAAAGGUUGUCUGCAGCUUCGGGACCAAAGUGGUUGCCUGCCCUGCCUUCUCCUGGCCAGGCACUCUCAACCCAUCACUGACCCUCGGCUCAUAGGCUGCCUAGUGAGGGUAGAGAAGUUCCAAUUGAUAGUAGAGAGGGAUGUCAGAAGCAACUUCCCAUCCUGGAGGGAGCUGAGCAUGGCAGGCUUCAUCCAGAAGCAGCAAGCCAGAGUCUAUGUCCAGUUUUUUCUGGCUGAUGCCCUGAUCCUGCCUAUGCCUAGACCCUUCCCUUGCUCAGCCGCUUCCUCAAGACUUCCUCAGACAGAACCCACCCACCCAGAUGGACCCCACCUAGGACAGAGCCGGCUGUUCUUGCUAUGCCACAAGGAGGCCCUGAUGUAUCGGAACUUUUGUGCCACCCCAGGAGCCAGUCUAGAGGUGCCCAAGCCCACCCUUAGUUUCCACGUGUCAGGGAGCUGGCUUGGGAGCACCCAGAGGAAGGAGGGGACUGGAUGGGGCCCACCUGAGCUCCAGGGAGAUGAGAACAGGAAUCAGAAGGUUCUCCUCAUCUUCUUUGGCCCAUCAGUCCGCUGGUUUGAGUUCUUACACCCAGGGCAAGUGUACCGACUUGUGGCUCCAGGCCCCCCUACACCAACGUUGUUCAAGGAGGAUGGUUCAUCCUGCAUAUCUCAGCGGCCUUUGGAGUUGGCUGGCUGUGCAUCCUGCCUCACUGUCCAGGAUGAGUGGACGCUGGAGCUUGAGCACCCCCAGGACGUUCCAGAUGCACUGGAUAUAAACAAGAUACUUCCUGAACCCUCACUGAGUGACCUCCUCAAUGACAACUUAACAGGUUUGGUGUCUUUCUCAGCUGAGAUUUUGUCACGGACUCUGUGUAAGCCAUUUCCAGCCCCUCACUGGACAAAGCAUGGGAGCACAGGAGCUGUGAGAGGGUGUGUGAAGCUAACCGUAGCUGUAGACACUGCUGGCUGUGAAUUUCCCCCUCACCUGUGCAUAUAUAUUGACCGACACCUGCCUAUUCCACUAGGACUCCUUCCAGGAGCUCGAGUCUACUUUAAACAGCUGGAAAAAAGAGUUUCCAGAUCCCACAAUGUUUACUGCUGUUUCCAGUCGUCCACUUACAUGCGGGUCCUGAGCUUUCCCCCAGAGACCACCAUCAGCACUCCCUUGCCCCACAUCUACCUGGCUCAACUUCUGCAGGGUCACCAGGCCCCAUUCCAGGCCACUGCCUCUUGUCAUAUUGUUUCAGUCUUGAGCCUUCAGCUUCUCUGGGUGUGUACUCAUUGUACCAGCCUCUGCCGCCAGGAAAGGUGUACUCAUCGAGGCCCAGCUUGCCCUACUCAGACAUCCAUCAGCCAGGCCCGAAUCAGGCUCCUGGUGGAAGAUGGGACUGCUGAGGCUGUGGUGACCUGUAGGGACCAUCAUGUGGCGGCAGCACUAGGGCUGUGUCCCAGUGAGUGGACCUCCCUCCUGGAGUGUGUUCGAGUGCCGGGGAGAGUGGUCUUGUACUUUACAGGGCCCGGCGCCCAACUUGAGUCCUCAGCCAAGACUGAUGAGCCCGUGACCCUCUUUCUGUGGACACUCUGUACCAGCCUCUCUGUCCUCCGCCCUAUCGUACUUUCUUUUGAGCUUGAGAGGAAGCCCUCCAAGAUCCUCCCAUCUGAACCUCCCCGACUACAGCGUUUCCAAUGUGGAGAUCUCCCUCUCCUGACCCGUGUGAAUCCCAGACUUCAGCUGUCAUGCAUCUCUGUUCGGGAGCCAGAGUACCCCUGCUCUCUGGGGGCCUUUGCUUCCUCCUGUUAG